AUGGACAACCUGCACAGCAAUGCAAAGAACGGAACCCUUGCACGGUCCAGCUUGGAUGAGCAUCUCGUCUCACAGCUGAUCGACGACACGGAUGAUUACGGCGACACCGCACUAUUCCUGGCCAUCCGAGGCGGACAUGUGGGAGCUGUAAAGCUCCUCCUUCAAAGAGGAGCAGACGCGAACAGAACGACCGAGGAUGGAAAGACGCCCCUCUACCUGGCCACUCAAGCACCUGCCAACAGCGGACCCGGUCGCGCUAUCGGGGGAUACCCCCUGAUCGCGGCAGUCCGACAAGGAACCAGUCCAGAGGCUAUCAGUGCACUCCUCGACGCGGGGGCGUCUUUGACGAAGCCCAAUCGCAUUGGGGAAACACCCCGUAGCCUCGCAAAUAAGUCUACUAACUCUGCCAUCCACAAGGCUAUCUCUCCCAAGGACCAACGACCAGAUUGGAAGCCUGAGUUGGAGAAUUGGCUUGUCAGCUCGGGACUCUUUGCUCUUGCAUAUUUCAGCAAUUGGUCCGAUGUGGGCAAAAAUGCCAUUGAUCGGAUUUCUGCUCUUUCUAAGUACCCCCAGAAGGAUGUUGAUAGCCCCCGCACAGCAGAGGACUUUGAGCACAAUCUUGGAAACUAUGUCUCAGGCAAUGGGCUGGAGGAUUUCUUCCCCAAGGGCAAUGAUUACAUACCUCAGGUAGCAGAAAGGGCAGCCGAGAUUCUUCGGGAUGGCACUGUCCCAGGCGCGACACCCGAGAACGUCACUAUCAUGUCGCGGCAGGCUCUCUACCAGCCAAUCUUUUAUUGCGAUGAUAGCGGGUCCAUGAAGACAGAUGAUCGGAUGAACAGGCAAUCCAUCAUGGUGCAACGCAUGGCCGAUCUUAUAACCAAAGCCGCCCCCAACGGCCGGGUGCAUCUUCGCUUUAUUAACAAGACUGAUGGCCAGGCCAACAAUCUCCGACCCAGUGACCUCCCAGACAAAAUGAACUUUACCCCCGAUGGAUCGACCAGACUGGGAACGAAUCUGAAGUCCAAGAUCGUCCAGGAGUUCCUUUAUGAUCCUGUUGACCGCGGGUUUGAGUUGAGACGACCACUUCUCAUUUUGACGAUUACCGAUGGGUGCCCCAAUGAGGAGGAUAAAGAUACUUUUGCCAAUGUCAUUGAGGAAUCUAUGAAGUAUCUAGCUUCGAAUGGCUACGGACCUCAAGCUAUCCGGUACGAUCUGAGCCAGAUUGGCAAUGCUCCUGAGGCGACUGGAUUCUUGGAGAGCUGGCAACAACACCCUCUCGUUCCUGUGCCGCUCUUUGUCACUGCAGAGCACUUGGACGCGCAGUUUGAGAAUCUCAGGACUAACGACGCCGAUCUGAACACCUGGCUUCUGGCGAGACUUGACGCAAAGAACAAGCCUAGGUAUUAA